AUGCGAUUUCUUGAAAUACUCCUCGGCGCAUUGUUACCUCUGUUGUUUUCGCUGUUGGAAGCCCAGCGUUCACCUUCACCGCAACAAAGUUCAGGUGAAUAUCAACACCAGCCACUCAGUUUUUGCUAUUGUCAGCGCUAUUGUUCUUACUGCUGCUGUUUAAUUACCCCGCUCCUAUUAUACUAUUUUCUCUUGCACUUGUUUCCUCAACUUGCCUCCGUUACGCACACAACAUUCAUCAAACACCAACUCAUAUCUGUACAGCUGCGAACACAACAGACUACCCGGAAGCUUCUUUUCAAUUCUCAUCUUCUCUUUACCGGUCUCCACACUUCAUCAUGUCAGGUUUGGGCGGGCCCACGCCGCGUCGUUCUGGACGACUGAGUUCAAAAGCUGGUUCUGUUAUUGAGCAGUCAGUGGUGACGAUUUACACCUCAGGGGGUACUCGCCAACGUAACCAAGGACCGCUCACCAAAGUCAAACCUCGCAGAUCAAAUGCUUAUGGCGCCAGUGGUCGUGUCGGUGCCGCAGAAGAGUUGUCAGUCUCUGCAACAGGCUUCGCACAGGCAUUCCAAAACCAGAGAGGUGAUGCCGUUGCUCGCGACGAUGACGAAGAGGAGGAGGAGGAGGAGGAGGAGGAAGACGAUAGUGUUGACGAGCUGGGCAGUCAGGCGAGAAUGAGUGGUGCACUUAACGGAAGCCGUGCGCGUCAUUCGCCGAUACACGAACGCUCCUCCCCUCCGCGGAUCGCGGCACCUUUCAUUUUCGAGUCGCCUGGCGUACCUUUCAGUGAAGAAGACCUUGCAUUUUCGCUCGGCAGUACAUCUAAGUCCUUUGGCAUGGAACACGAAGCUGGUAUGCUGCAGGACAAUCAGCGUCGCACGGCUCCACGCUCUUCUUCACAACAACCUACUCCAGUUCCCAGAAGUACUUUCCGUGCUGUCGGUCAAUCGACCAGGCUGUUACCCAGCACCAAGGCUACGCCUGACAAGGUUGCGAUUGAUGAAUCUAUCGACGAUCUUCUUGCAGAAGAGCGUGCCAGACUGCAGAGGGAUGGCCCAGGGCGAUCGCGACCUGCACCCAGACCUGCCUCGCGGCCAGCACCACAACCGGAAAUUCGCCAUGCUGUGCGACCUGAGGUACGCAUCGAGUCACGCGUCGAGCCACGAUCCGAGCCACGAUCCGAGCCACGAUCCGAAGCACAUUCUCAGCCACGAGUGGCACGACAGCCGGAACCACAAGCCCAACCAGGGAUCCAGCUCCGCCACCCUGGCUCUGUCAAACAGAUGGUCGGGCAUAUCGGGCCAUUUGAGGAGCUCUUGCCUGAAGAGCUGCUGGAAGAUGAGCCAGAAUGGCCAUGGCGGCCAGUGCUCGAACGGGCUUAUUGGGCUUUGUUGAUCUCUGGAGGCAUUGUUCUUCUCCUCUCCACACUGCUCUCCGGAACCUCGGAUGCCAACCCCAAGACUGCUAUGCACACCGCUGUUGGCACUCGGCUCUCGCAAUCAUGGUACGACCUUGCCGACUGGAUAAUGCCUAGUAAGCAAAGGUACAACGAAACGGACCUGCUCCAAGAUUGGCUGCACGAAGGCGACACAACGGGCGAUCAUCUUGUGUGGGCACGCGUGUGGAAGAACCAUCGAGAGUACACAGGAAAAUUUGACGCUAUGCACGGAGCUAUUGAAAAGAUUCAGGAAGAGCUACCGGAGUUAGUAGUGGUUCGUCGCCAUCCAGAUGGUCACCGCGAAAUUACCGACGAGUUCUGGAACGCAUUACUGAGCAAAGCGCAGUCCAAGGGCGAUGACACCGAGUGGAUCGAAUUUCUCAGAGCAAACAAUCAGAAAGUGCAGGCUUUGAAUGGCGAGCCUGUUGACGUUGGAAAGCCUGCGGUUCGACCGGAAAUAGUGCACCGUCGUGAGUUUAUGGACAUGAUGGGUCAGCACUACAAGACUAUAUCUGCCGAUGUCGAUCAAAAGAUUCUUGAAAGCUUCAAGAACCACGAACCGAAAAUCAAGUCGUUGAUCCAAGCCGAGGUGCGCAAAAACUCUAUGGAUUUCAUCCGUCUGGAGUCCCUUGCUCAGAGCAACCUCAUUGCCAGCUACGAGCUCAACCUAAAAAAGCCCAACUACUUCUCCACUGGACUCGGUGCCAUCGUCGAACCCGGUCGCACUUCUUCAACAUUCGACAAUGGUUCGCCUUGGCUCGCCAAACUAGUGAAGAGCAGUAUGCGUGGAGCCACCGCGAAUCCGCCCAAAGCCGCACUUACGAAAUGGGAAGAGUUUGGCGACUGCUGGUGCGCGGCACCAAACCCUAUGAAAGGGUACGCUCGACUCGGUAUUUCUCUGUCGCGCUACAUGUUCCCGAAACAGGUCACUGUCGAGCAUGCACCGGUAAGCAUGUCUCCUACGGGCAACGUCAACAACGCUCCGCGCAACAUCGAGCUGUGGGCUGAAACAGAUCAACCGGUCAAACAAAACUAUGGCCAGAGCCACAACAAGUGCCUGGAUCCUGCAGAUCUGCAAAGGCACGGCUACGUUUGCUUGGGCACCUUCAAGUACAACAUCCACGCUUCCAAUCAUGUGCAGACUUUUGAUCUCGAUGCCCAGCUUUCGGUACCGACCAGCAGGGUCAUUGUGCAGGUUACAUCGAACUGGGGAGCUUCGAACACAUGUCUUUAUCGCGUGCGCCUCCACGGCGACGAUGCCGAGGAGAACUACAACUAUGACGUAACUCUGAACGAUUAG